CUUAUCUUCUGGUGGUAAGAAAAUGGUGAAUCGAUUCGGUGCAUGAGACGGGCAGGCUUGCUCCCUUUGCUGUACUGAAUAUGAACAUUAUUUUUUACGUCUGCUGUGCAGUGUUAUCCCUGGUGGGUUUCACUGCAGGGCAAUUUCCCAGUGGAAACGCAUCUUUCACAACAAUCAACGAACUGCGGGAUGUUCUACGAAASUCAAGCAAUAUCCUACUGACGCAAAUAAAAGCAGUGCCAGGAAACCUCUACGAGGCUCAAGCAAUUUUUGGCUCCUUGAAUGUGUCGCUGCAGUUUCCAUGGCCCUUGAGCGGAAAUUGUACAAUUACGCUCGACCCAAACGUUGGACACUCAAUACCCAACUUUGAAGCAUUCAGAAACAGAAUCCAAUCUCAACUUGGUGUUCAUUCUACGUUUCCUUUGUUGAGAGAAAUAGGGAUUGGAAACUUUGGUCUAUCCUUGAAUGCUCUUGAGCUCAAGUUGCAAGACAGAGAUGUGAAAGAAGUUCGUGCUAGGGUGAGUAUCCCAGGAUGGGAUGUUUUUACUUUGUUCUACUUCAAAGUAUUGAAUCCCCAAAUAGUUAUCACCUUUCAACCACGACCUCAGAAGUUACUUGCAGUCAAAUCUUUAGGGAAUAUCGUAAGCCUUGCUUCAAUGGAUAGUACGCAUGCUCUUCCGGUAGAGUUUAUUUUGCCGGAUAUAACAACUGAGCCUUUGCAAGUAAAAGCUMAUAAUCCCAACGCCGUUACCUCUUACAAACACAUAAUGAAAUUCCUGACGAUAUCACGAGGUCUGAACAUUCCAGAUAUGGUCUGGAAAGCUUURCCAAAAAUGAAAAUCACAAAUCUGGAUUUGACUAUUGAACCCGGACUGUCAAAUAUCUCCAACGUCGUUUUUGAAGCUGUUGCGAAUGAGGCAUGGAAUAUUGGCGGGGACUUCACCUUGAAUGAUGCUGAACUGAAAAUCAUGAAGUCUGAUGUUAAAUUUUCAGCUACAGCAAGAAUAGGGAAGCAGUUCGUGCGCUUGCGAUAUGAUAAUAACCAUGGGAAUGCACUUCAGCUUGAUGAUAAAAUAGUUUUAAGGGAUUUGGAAGAAAUGACAAAAUACAUUUUGAGAAAAACCGUGGCCAGAUCMCUUGUUUCUCUCCCAGAUUUCUCUUACGUGAAGAUAUAUGGUUCCAAUUUAGGUGGACGCUUAGAAAGUUUUGAUAUCGCAUUUUCAAAUACGCCCAAAAAUGUAGUAAACAUUUCAAUGGUCUUCAAACUUACAAAGGCGUGGAGCAUUUUUAACAACAAUCUUUUGGCCACUAGCGUCCAAGACACAGCUGUCAACUUGCAGAUUACCUCUCUGAAUGAAAAUCCAAACGUUAACGUAAGUAUCACAGGAACAAUUGUUCUUGGCAAUCCAAAAUUCCUCGAAUAUCCGUUCUUUAUUCAGAUCCCUCACAGGAUUCAGCCUUUAACUGUCAGUUUAUUGCCAGGAAGAGUACUCCAAGUAAAUUUCGCAAAUGUUGUGAAGAUCGAAGGUAUUGCUAAUCUUCCAGAURUUUUCAAGGAUAUACUUUCUAAAGCUAAUUAUGUUGACGUAACUAAGUUGGAACUUGAAUUCCCAUCAAAUUUUAUCUCCGUUCCAGUGGUAAGUGGUUUCGAGCUUCAUUCGUUCGAGACAUGGGACCUGAAUUAUGUUCGCAUUUCAAAWGCAUCACUUUACUAUUCUAACAACCACUAUACACUGAGUGGACAACUGGAGUUCCUUGGGGUUUCGACAAAUGCCCGGUUGAGUUGGCCAACAAAUACAAACCCAGUCAUUACAAUAUCCGACGACAAAAUUAAUCUAAAAGACCAUAUCAGUACAUUCGCAAAUAGACUAUCAAAGUUACUCAACGGUGAAGAUCUAAGAUUGAAUCUAAAGAGAGUAGGACUGGAGAACAUUAAGGAUUGUACUAUACUAUCAAUCUCUGUUAUCCUUGCGCAGAAUUUUCGCUCAGUGAAGCAACUGAAGAUGACAGCAGCUCUUCCCAAAUACUCCUGGAAACUUUUUGAGGAYUUUUUUGUUGCUCAAGAUAUUACAAUAACACUCGAUGUCAUCGUGGGCAGGUCUAUUGCCAUGACAAUUGAAGGAAACAUAAACCUGGUCUCGGGAGCAAUGAAGGUUCCUUUCCAAAUGAACAUUCCGACAUCAUCGAUUCAAAACAUCACCAUUGCUCUUGGAAAAGGUACUAAAGCAGUUAWAGGAAGGUUUCAAGAUAUCGAAGGAUUUCUCCAGUCAUCGACAGGCAUAAGGUUUCCAGUUAUCCUAGGUUCUUAUCUACCCGAAMUUCAUUUGAAUAAACUCGAAAUUGCGUUCACAAACUCUUUAAGAAAAAUGAAAGYCAUGGCAUUACAUGCAAAGUGUCCAAGAAGAUGGAAUGUGGGUGGUCUUGGUAUUUUGUACGUAGACGCCUUGCAGCUGAACAUCACCGAUAAAUUGUACGAUGUAUACGGUAACUUUAGCAUCGGUGGAAUUGCAUUUGAUGUUCAGUUUGAUUCCAAUGCCUUCCAGAAACCAAUGUUUCGAUUGCUAAAGUCAGUAACUUUCUUAGGAGUUUCAAGGUUUAUUACAGAAACRUUUCGUCAAAUACUACCGAAAAUCAAACCACCUAAUGGGAACUUACUUGGCCUUUCAGAUACAAAGUUUGAAAUUCAACAAGCUAAUCUGUACUUAUCCAAGGAUCUUAAAAGGUUAACUGGCAUYGAGAUUGAAAUACAUUUUCUGCAAGAUUGGUCUUUCUUCAGUAAAUUCUUUACAAUGAAGCAUGUCUCUUUAAGAAUCAAGGCAACCGAGUUUUACGAUAUAAAAGUUGACUAUGACAUUACAAUCUACGGAAUAAUGGAACUURCACGAAACGGAAGAAAAGUCUCUUUCCCUUUGAAGUGCGAUUUGAAGAAAACUGUAUCACUUUCGGUUGCUUUUGAAUUGACGACUCCAGUCACCAUUAAGAUGUCCGAUGUUUUAUUAAUGCCGUUGGUUGGGAAAAUAAUACCAAAUGGUCUAAUAAAUCCCGUAUCUGAUUUGAUAGGCCCAAUUCGCAUCAAUGCUUUUCAUGCACAGUUCAGGUCUGGGGAUGCAACAUCACUUAAAUCUCUUAACAUGUCAACAACUGCACUCAAUUCCUGGAACAUUCCUGGACUACCUGUAACUUUUCAAGAUAUGACCUUCGAAAUUUGGUACUUACCGUACAAGUUUAAAGCUCAAUUGUUUGGAAAAAUAACGAUAUUUAAGUAUCCUCUUCCCUUUCGAAUUCCAUUUCAAUAUUCCUCRAGACAACGCUUGGCAAGACUACAGAGAUUUGUGCCUAUACAAUUUCUAUUCAGAGGAAUACCAGGAUUUAAAGAUUUUCCCCGUGGCUUGAGCUUAGACGAAAUAGCGAACCUUUUACUACCAACGCCAAACUUUGAUCUGAAGUCCUUGCUUCCAGAUGAAUUUUCAAGGUACAGCAUGACAUUUGAAAAAUUCAAUCUGCGGAUGGUACCUCCAUUGACAAGAUUUACCAUUGAUGGAUUCGACACUAAAUUUCACCUUCUUUCCCGGGUAAACUUGAUAAAGAAUUGGCUUGCAAUAGAAAGGCUCACAGUAGAUCUUGAUGUGCAGAUCAAAGGAGGUUUACAAGUUUCAGGGUUUAUAAAUUGCUUGGUACGAUUUGGAUCUUCCAGUAAUGGCUUUAGCGUAUGGUCGUCUAUAGUAAUCCCAACGCCUCCGUCCUCAGAUUGGACCCUAAAAAUCAUUCCGGACUCAAGCACCAAAUUAACGCUUGCUAAGGCAGCAUCAAUUCUUUUUGGUGGAAUUGAUAUCAAAUCCUUUUUCCCGUCGAAAUGGCUCGCCAAGGUAACCGAUAUACAACUAACAGAUUUGGAACUCACUUUUAGCCUUAAACCAACUUCACGAGUUGAACGAGUCAAGUGCUUUCUUCAGUCGGAUUUGAGCGAUAUUGACCUUCCGCUUAAACUAUCGAUAAGAAAUGUCAAAUUGUACAUGGAUGUUAUUUUUCCUUUUGAUGCGGUCCAUAGAAAAGUUAAUGCACAUUUAGAAUUGUUAACCAAAAUUGGAAAAGAGACAAUUCAGACAUCCCUGUAUAUCAAACCAAAGAUGUUUUACUUGGAAGCAAAAAGUGUAUUGAACAGCGGCUUGGAUAUUGAAGAUCUCGCAGGUUUAGUUGGAAGUGGAGAGCUUCUUAGGCUAAUACCGAAAGGCUUUUUCAAAGCUAAAUCCCUUACGCUUAAUAAACUUAACAUGACUUUCCGAAAACCCGACUUUCAAUUGCAAGAUAUUUAUAUACUAUGUGAUCUCAAUGGUUUUGAUGCCGGCUUUAGCUUUCCGCUGCCAUUGCCUGAUCGGCUGAAGAACAUGUUCCGCGCCAAACUAAAGGUCUCCAAAUUGGAACUUCAAAAAAAAAGAAGUACUUGGUCCAUAAAUGCAAAUAUCAUGGCCUCCAUCAGCGGUAUACAAAGAAAAAUAGACGCUGGGCUUCAAAAUCUUGAGGCCGGGUUAAGGUUUUCUUCUGAUGACAAGCAUGUAGCACUAGAGAUAAAGAAAAAGAUUUUGGAUUUAAAAAUUGGUGCUAGACUUGGAGGAAUAGACUUGGAUCUUCGCAUUCAAUUUCACAAGCCUAAGAUACUUUUUCCCUACGAUGAUGUGGUAAAAAUCAGCGCUGACAUAGACGUCUCAGGGUUUCAAAAGCUAAACUGGCUUUUACCUUUUAACGUAUUUGACGAUGAGGUAAAGAUGGCAGUUGUAAUUCAUCCUGAUGACGAAAGACCUCUGAGGCUUCAGAUGAAAACUCUUCCAAUUCUUGAAAACAUYAUCCCUUGUAAAAAGCUUGGAGAUGGAGAAUUUAAAUGUGACUUUACUUGGCUUUGCAACCCAGAUUCCUACGUGUAUCUGAAGUCACCGUCGUUUUCCUAUACCGAUGAUGGCUUCGAGUCCAGCGUUGAUGUGCAAGGCAUAGACAAGCUUUGCAUUCCUGUCACACCGCGGUUUCUUUGGAAAUUUAUAGAAAAGAUUCCAAUACUUGGUCGUUUGUUUGCAAAGAAUUUUCCUUUGUGGCCUCCGCCUAACAUCAAAAAACUCUUGAGAAAAAUAAAUAUAGACACAAAUAACCUUCCAAGAGGAAUGGAGCAGUUUCUGAACCCAAAGUUUCCAGAUUCAAUAUUGACGUCAGUCACUUUACCGCACAAUGGUCCAAUUCAGUUGUCUCUUAAGGUUGCUAAUGGAGAAUCCCUUAUCGUCCCAAACGUGCUGAGCUUUCCAUUUUUUAUGAGUGGUGUGSUUUUUCGAGAAUUUACAAUUGGAACUUUCUUUAACUUUCCGUUUGUAAACAUCGACAUUGAGGUUUAUAUUUGGAAUUUACCGUUUCUAAUUCCUUUGUCUCACCUACCGAAACAAAACCCGCUCCUUGUCAACGCUAUGGAUUUCGAAACACGAAUCAUCUGUAAGGAUUGCUAUUUUGUGAUAUUUGGGAUUUAUCCAAUCCCAAUAUUUGCAGCUCCUUUUCAUUUGAGUUUCCCUCUUUUGAACGACGUCCAACCUACAGUGACCGUGUACCAYAAACGACCUGGAUUCAAGGAUUUUGUAGUGUUCGCUAAUUUGCUAAAUGGACUCUUCAAAUUCUUCACAGACAAAGAUUAUCUUCUGUCAAUCAACGAUUUCGGUGGCGUUAACGCAAGCAAGGAUUUGUUAGUCGUGAARUUGAAUCAUGAAAACUACAAGACGAUGGUACAGUUACCAAAAUAUAUGGGACAAACACAAUUGGUGCUUGACAUUCCCCCACUUGAUUCAAAGAGCUUCCUCAUUGGUUACUUAAACUAUUUUAAGACGUUUAAACUUAAAUGGCUUUUAAAGAUUGUGCCAUUAAAGUACAGAAUCGUAGAUGCAGGAAUAAACAUCGGUGCUUUCAACCUUGCCUCUCUCAAAUUUGCAGCAUCCACACCAGAUGAACUUAAAGAUAACAAACACUUGUGGAAAUAUCCAGUUGUUGCUACUGGGGAUGAUGCUCUUGUACUUGCAUCCUUGGAUACGCUUUUGUYGUCUCUGAAUUUAAAAAUAAAAGCAAAAAGUAUGAUAGACGCAGACCUCAACUUUACUUUGGAAGCUGGAUUCACAGAUGUUGUAAAGUUAGACCUUGAGGCCAGAGCAAUGAUUAAUCUAAAGGACAUGUCGAACCCACUGCUUCUUGGAGGGCAAUGUUCUCUUUAUCUUUUUGGUACAAAGCUAUUAACCGGAAGCGCCUACGUUUCUGUAAGAGAAAUCCUUGUUUCAGGGCAGCUAAAAUUCAACUUUCUUGGCCUGCUGAAGUUUAAUGGAUUCGUGAAGGCAUCUUUCCGUUCUGGGGAGUUUCUUCUUUCUAGUAAAGUUGGUGUAGAGUUUGUAGGCAUCAAAUUUUUCGAUAGCUACUUACGCAUCCAGAAUUCAUUGCGAACAACGGAAGUCCUUGCAAAGACAAACUUCAUGGGCUCGUCACUUCAAUUAGAAAUAAUAAGGAAUGGGUUGUCCUUUAAAUUGAAAGGAAGCGCACUAAUAAACAUUGGAGUGAACAUUGACCUUGGUGAUCUCAAAUUAUUCGGGAAAAACAUUGGAAGAAUUAAACUGAAUGCUGGUGUUCUUGUCGACUUGAAAAUAUCCUUACCAGGAAAGAGUUCCUUGCUAAUUUCGUUUCAUUUUAUUGGGGAGAAAAUCUCGUUGCCAGAACUCGAAGUCGAUACGAAAGAUUGCAGACCAGAUAGAAUACCAAGAUUAGUUUUAAACUGGCUCAAAGACAAAGCGCUAUCGUUAAUCAAAAGCCUUUUCUCGCUAAAUCCUGAAAAAUAUUUGAAAGCACUUAUGGAUGGGGUCAUCAAGAUUGGUAAAGCUGCCAUUAAGAUUGUGAAAGAUCUUUUGAAAGCAGGUCAUAAAUUCAUUGGCAGCGUUGCCAAGGAGAUUGGCAGACUUGCAAAUAAAGUGGCAAAUGCUGCAAAAGAAGUCGCCAAAGUUGCUGAAAAAGCCAAAAAGGUUGCAAUAAAAGCUGCGAAAGCUUUAAGAGAAACAGCAGAAAAAGCAGUAAAGAAGGCCAAGGAAACGGUCAAAGCCGUUGGUAACGUCUUACGAGACGUUAACCAAAAACUCGGGCGAAUAAGGGAAAACUUGUCUAAUACCAUCAGAAAGGUAGUGAGACUAGAAAAUGUGGUAAAGCAAGCAAAGAAAAUUGUAAAAGCCAUUGCAGAGGGCAUUAAGAACGUUGCCAGAAAUAUCGAAAGAAUAGCCAAGAAGAUAUUUGACGAAAUAGCCAGAGGAAUUCGUAACGCGCUUGGAAAAAUAAAGAAAGUUUUUCGCUGGUUUGGCAAGCGUUCACUUUACUAUCGACGAGAUGUUUUGACAAGCGAGAAGAGUUAUCUUGAGCGUAGAAAAGGCGAACUGGAAGGGAAGCAAAGUAACACAAUAACUAAACUUCGAGCUCAAGAAAGGGAACUAAAACGCAACAAAGACUUAGAAGCAAUGCAAAGAGCAACGAAAAACAAAGCGUUGAAAGAAUCCGAAACCGCAAAUGAAAAUCUUCAAAAAGCAAUUAGGGAUGAUAUUGAAAAAACAGCGUUUGUAGAAGAUCUCGAAAACAAAGGCAAAUGCAUCACCGGUGAAAACAACUGUCAUCCAAAUGCUACAUGUUUACGCACGGGCGAACGCGGAGAGUCAUUUAAGUGCAUUUGCAGAAGUGGAUGGAUAGGAGAUGGCAUAAGCUGUUACACACCAAUAAGAGAGGUAUCAAUCAUUGUAGAUGAGGCAAGCGCAGUUGGGGCUCCUGUAAAUAUUGCCGCUUUUACUCUCUCAGGGAUCAACGUGGAAUACAAGUUUUCAUUUCAGGACACUUACAACAGUUCUUCUUACCAAACCUAUAUUUUCAACAAACCGGGUAUCUACAAAGUUGGUGUAUUUGCCCGAAAUACAAUAAGCAAUGCAUCUGAUGAAACAAGUGUUGUUAUACAAGAACCGGCUUCAAACAUAAAACUGAUGAUAAAUGGAGAUAGACGGCCGUGUCGUCCACUUGAAAUUGUACCAUCAUCAGGAGGUACUAAUGUUACAUUUGAUAUUAUAUUUGGAGAUAACACAACAUCAUACAAUAUAACAAAGUCAAUAACACACUACUUUGGUUUAUCGGGAAUAUAUAAAAUGACUGUUAUCGCGCGAAACCUCGUUAGCUCUGUCAACAGUACCUAUAUUUUGAAAAUCUGGGGAACGCCUUGUGACCAAAUGUACUGCGAUAUUUCUGGACUUGAGAGGAAAUGGGAGGGAAAACCACUUCAAGAUAUUGCAAAUCUAGCUUGGGAAAUGACUAAGUCAUCAAAAGAUUUCAUCACUUACAGCGACCCUCCUGCAUGGAAGUAUUUUGCAACUCUAAACCCUCUAUCGACUAAGAACUUGAAUAAGCCAUAUAGCAAAGUUGUAAACCAGAAAAGGAUUUAUUCCAUCAACGGUUCCGAGGUAGAUAUGGCUUUGGUUUAUGCUGGUAUACUUGCUUCGUUAAUGAAAGAUGCUGAUUCCGAUGUUGGAUCAGUCAGAUAUCAAUGCAAAAAAAUCAGAAAUGUAACUGUUGUUCAGCUGCUUGAAGGAUUGUUAGAAAUCCAAGAAAAUGACAUUCUCAAUUUUUGGCGGGCAAAUAUGGGUAAUGAUUAUUAUUGUAAUCAAAUAGUAUUGCGAGAGGCAAGGAUAAUUGGUUCAGUAGAUGGGUAUCUUAUUGGCGGUAUGGUAGACAAUAGCACGUUGAAGCUAUCUGAUGUCAUUUACAACUACUAUUGCCCGAAUCUCGCAAAUGCAAUAACGCUACCAUUUGUUUCCAAAAACCGGUAUGACGUUUUCCUCGACACUUUGAAAACUAAAUUUCCACAGAAGAACUUGAAUCUUUUACCCUUCCUCAAUCACGUUGCAGAGCAAAUAAAAAGCACUAGUAAACGCGAGGAUCAUCAAUCAUCAAGUAGCAUUUGUUUGGGAUUUUUAGCGUCUUAUUUGUCCCAAAGAAUCAAGCAGAAAAAUGACAAAAACGAUUUACAUGAUGCCUGUGCGUCAUGGAAAAGUUGCGGUGAGUGUUUGUCAUUUGGAGGAAAAGGCAACUGCAGUUGGUGUGGAGAAUCGUCAAAGUGCAUUCAGAAAAUGAACAUGUCUGCUUGUCAACCUCUUAAGCAUAUUACAAACCUUCCAUGUCGUAACCCAUGUUCAAAUCACUCGAAUUGUGAAGAAUGCAUGCAGAAUUCUGGUUGUGGUUGGUGUUCAUUCGAUAAAGUGCACCCCAGUACGAGUGGGUUCUGUACUGAAGGAAGCAAAAAUGGACCACUUCAGCCUGGCUUCUGUAACAAACAAGACUGGUUUACAGGUCAAUGUGGUCGCAACUGUUAUACAGAUAACAAAUGCAGUGGAAGUUUUGGAAAGUGUAGGUCUGGGAAAUGUACUUGCGUUACAGGUUAUUACGGCCCUGAGUGUUCCAAAAUGGGAUGCAUUUAUAGAAUUGGUUUCAAAGACACUGCAGAUUCCAUUGCCAGAUUAUUUCACAUUAAGCUAGAAGACCUGCCUUCUCACGAUGAUGGGAGAUUAAUACUGGCUCCUAACGCUGUCAUUACGAUUCCAGUAUCAAACACCAACAAAUUGUGCCUCAAUCAUCCCAAAAAAGCAACAUUUCAUCCAUUUUUCCCAAGGCUGCUACGUGGGUCCAAAAAUCUUGUCAACAAGAACAGCUACUGUGGCCUUUAUGGGUCACUAGCGAAAGAAGAUGACAGCUUGUUCUGCAAAAAUGUAAGUGAUGAGGAACAAUGUAAAACUUUAUCACAAUGUACGUGGAACGCCAUUGAUCCCUGCACUGGAGUGCCUGUUGAAGGAUGUAAUACUCUAAGUACUACAACGCAACUGUUGGUUCCUGACAAUACUUCAAUACCUUCUCCUAUCUCUGGAAAUAUUGAGACCGGCAAGGAUUUUGUCUUGAUUAGUGGAUGGCCAGGCUCUGAGUGGGAAAACUGUGUAAUAAACAUUUCACAUAUAAGACCGCUGAAUAUUACGAGUGUACAGGCAGGUGGCAUCUUGGGGUUCGGAGCGUUGGAAGGGAACCCAAUAUUACCAAACUACUUCGAGGUAACAUUAACACGAGAAGGUACCCCAAGAAAUCCCGAGGAAUAUCUAUUACCAUGUGCUUUGGGUYGUGUUCAGCUGCAUGACUUGGGAAAUGGAAUAUGCGACACAAGGUGUAAUGUAUCUGAAUGUAAUUUUGAUGACGGGGACUGCCUCGACCAAUCAACUUUUAGAAGACAAAUACAAAUGACACAAAAUAUGCAGUUUGAAAUUUUCACUGACAAAAGUUGGCAUGUACUAUACAAACUGUUCAAAAUGACAAGAGAGGAUAAAAUAGAAAUUACAAGAGGAGCACUCAGUGUUUUUGGACUUUCGGGGGGCAUAGUAUCAGAAAUGCUAGUAUCAUCAGCAUUAACAAGUCCAAUGGUCUAUAGUAAGUACAAAGCAACAAUGACAAAACAUUUCAAUGCUCUCCUUACUAAAAAUUCCACCAAAGGUCAAAUGAUUGUGGCACUGGCUCAACAGAUAACUGAAAUUGGAUCAGAAGCUUCCUCUUAUCUAACACCAAAUGAAGAAAGCCAAACAAUUGAUAUUAACACGAAAUCGCUGAAAAACCCUAAAGAAUUCGAAGUAGCGCUACAGGUUCUUCAAAGAUAUGAACAACUGAUAUAUGUCAAAGUAGAUAGUAACUUUUCUACAGGCUCGUUUUUCCAUUUAGAAAUUGCACAGGAAGAGCAUGACGAUUUAUGUACMCAAUAUCAAUACAAAAUUCAAAGUUACGAAAACAAAUGUGAUGGAGUUCUUUCCUGCUAUGGUCAUGGUAUAUGCAGCGCGCAUGGGUCAUGUUUAUGUGAUACAGAUUAUGAAGGUAUUGACUGCAAGACUAGUAGAUGCCCUAACAAUUGCUCAAGCCAUGGUGCUUGUAUUCAUGGUCAGUGUGUCUGCGAACGUGGAUGGAAAGGCAACGACUGUUCUACAGUUAAACUCUGCACGGCCUCGUGUUUGGACAUUUGGAUUGGUGAUGGGACGUGCGACUCCAACUGUAAUACACCUUUGUGCGAGUUUGAUGGAAACGACUGUUUGAAUGUUUGCACUUGCCCAAAGCCAUGGUUAGGUGACGAUACGUGUGAUAUGUCCUGUAAUACAACCAUUUGUGGCUAUGACAAAGGAGACUGUGUCAAGGAAACUGAAUGUAGUCAAGGAUGCAAGUCAUCUAUGGUAGGAGAUGGUUUCUGUGAUCGUGAAUGCAAUUUCGAGAGCUGCUCCUUCGAUAACGGAGAUUGCGAAAUGAAAGAAUCUUGUAGCUGUGACUUAACAUUACAAGGUAACGGCGUUUGUGAUAAAGAAUGCAAUACCAAGGAAUGCUUGUUCGAUUUUGGGGACUGCGUUACCGAGUUUCAAGUUUCCAAUUUGUGUCCGAACGAAUGUUUACCUUCUAUGGUCGGUAAUGGUUUCUGUGACUUGAUUUGCAAUGUGUCUGCCUGUGGUUUUGAUGGACAGGACUGCCUCAAACAUGAGAAUGAAAUAAAAAGUCCCUGUAGUCCUGGCUGCCAAUCUUUGUUCUUGAAAGAUGGCUCUUGCGAUUCAGUCUGUAAUGUAAAAGCAUGCAAUUACGACGAGGGAGACUGUCCAAAACCAAUAGUGGAAAUGUGUCAUACAGGAUGUACGAUGGCUAUGGUUGGAGAUGGAAAAUGCCAAACCGAAUGCGUUGUAUCCCAAUGCUCUUACGACGCAACUGAUUGCGAAUGCGCUCCCGGAUGUCCACAUUCUUCCAUCGGGAAUGGAAAAUGCGAACCUAAUUGUUUGACAGCUUCAUGUCUUUAUGACAGACAGGAUUGUACUUGUCCUCCAGAAAAUUGUCCAGAAGAAAUAAUUGGAGAUGGAAUCUGCAAUGAACAGUGUAACAAUCGAAUCUGCAAUUUCGAUGGUGGUGAUUGCAACUGUGUCCCUGGCUGCUCGAUAAAUUCUGUCAAUGAUGGUUGGUGUGAUAAAGAAUGCGACGUCAAAAAGUGCAGCUAUGACGGCCUUGACUGUGGUGGAUGCCGAAGCGAUUCUCAUUUCAAUUUAUGUGACCAAAAUGCAGAAUGCAUUACUGUAAACGACUCACUACCUUUCAUAAGAUGCCAAUGUAAACCAGGUUACUAUGGAGACGGAUAUCAGUGCUUUGAGCAAGGGAAAUGCUUUAACAGAAGUGAGGUUUGCUCCAACAAUGCCAAAUGCGUAAAUAUGAGUGGAAAGUUUGAAUGCUAUUGUGAUAAGGGCUGGAGAGGUAAUGGGUUGUUUUGCGAGAACAUCGAUGAAUGUACUACCAACCAAAACAACUGCAGCAACAAAGCUGUAUGUGUUGACACAUUGGGAAGUUAUACCUGUAAAUGUCUGGAAGGAUAUUCAGGGGAUGGAUUGAACUGCUAUGAUAUUAACGAAUGUGAAGCUCGGUUACAUACAUGCCGUGGAAAUGAAAAGUGCGUCAACACGAUUGGGAGCUACAAUUGUGUCUGUGAAGAAGGUUGGGCAGAGGCGAAUACUACCAACACUGAAGAAACCAAAAAUGUAACAAAUAAGUUAUCGUGUACUUGGAUCGCAAAUCCUCCUCAUUUUGUAAAAGAGAACUGCAUUGAUGUUGAUGAAUGCACUGAAGAGCUAGACAACUGCUCAAGAGUUAACAGAGUAUCAAAUGCUCAAUGCGAGAACACUAUCGGUGGGUUUAAUUGCACGUGCAACGCAGGCUGGAGAGGUGAUGGAUGGUUUUGCACAGAUGUGGAUGAGUGUGAUUAUAAUGAUACUUGCGGUGAAAACCAAGUGUGCAGAAAUACUCUCGGGAGCUUUCUCUGUUCUUGUAAAAAUGGAUGGAUCUUUAAUCAAACGGGAAGUGGCGAAUGUGAAGAUAUAGACGAGUGUGCCCUUGGAAUUAACAAAUGCAGUGAAUUUGCAACAUGUAAAAAUACCAAUGGAAGUUAUCACUGCAGCUGUCGAGAUGGUUUYGAAGACAUUGGCAAAACUUGCACGAACUAUAAAUGUAUAAACUCAUCAGCGACCAUGCCUAACACAACCGUCAGUAACAUGACCAGUGACGUUGAGGCUAACGAAGUUUGUUCGUGUAUAGGCAGUUACCGUAACGUGGGAAGAGAGUGUGCAGAUAUCGACGAAUGUAUCUGGGAAACAUACGACUGCCCGGCAUAUGCCCCUGUGUGCAUUAAUAAUUUGGGAGGUUAUGAAUGCCAUUGUGAUGCAAUAAACAACAGCACGUGCGAGGUGUUUAAUCCGUGCACAGCUGAAAAUAACACUUGCGGAGCUAACAUGACAUGUGUUGUCUCUGGUCUUGAUCACUACUGUGUCUGCCCCAUCGGUUACAUUGAAGACCCAAGUGGCGCCAACUGUGUGGAUAGAGAUGAAUGCCUUAGCCCUGAAAAGUAUAAAUGCCCAGACAAUGCUGAAUGCGUGAAUACGCCAGGUUCAUAUCAGUGCAAAUGCCAAGAGGGUUUCUUUGACAUUGGAGGUAGCUGCUUUGAGAUUAACGAAUGUCAUGCCACCUUGACUCAACGCAUUGACGGUCGUCUACAAGAAUGCAAGCAUGGGAUAUGCGCAUCUGAGCUAGCGUGUAUAUACUACACAUUUUCCAAUAACAGCCAAACAACAAACAGUAGUCUUGUCUGUGCAUGUAAUCAAGAUGACUCCAAAACACUCGACUGCGUGGAUUCUCAAUUAAAUGUCGAAGCAGACAGCGCAAAUAGAACAGUGACUGUAUUGACGUUUCCUUGGCAUUCCAUGUUCAACUCGACCAAUUCAAGUAGCCCAGUACCUCCCAUGUUCAUACAUAACUGUUCUGCAUCAAUAUCUGGAUGUGAAAAUACUCUAGGUUCUUAUAAAUGCAUAUGCAAUCCAGGUUACUAUAGCAACGAUUCUAGAAACUGCCGUGAUGAGGAUGAGUGCAAGCUCAAUGGCACAUGUCAUUCAAACGCUUCCUGUAAUAACACCAUUGGUUCUUUUGAGUGCUCUUGUAAUCAAGGUUUCAGAGGAGACGGAAAAACAAACUGUACUGACAUAAAUGAAUGUAUGCUGGGAAACUAUAGUUGUCAUGAGAAUGCUACUUGCCUUAACAUUGAAGGAGGAUAUAUUUGUCGCUGUAAAGGGGGCUACCAAGGAAACGGCACAUUCUGCGAGGAUAUUAAUGAAUGCGUCAAUAGUUCAAUGAAUAACUGUCAUCCUAGAGCGGUGUGUAGGAACAAUGCUGGUGGGUAUGAUUGUGAGUGCACCAAAGGCUACAGUGGAAACGGGUUUAGGUGUACUGAUAUUGAUGAAUGCAACAAUGGAAGCCAACUUUGUGGUAGUCACGCAACGUGCUACAACAUUCCUGGCACAUAUAUCUGUAAGUGUGACCAAGGUUGGACUGGAGAUGGGCAAAACUGUACUAAUAUAAAUGAGUGUCAACUUGGCAUGCACUCAUGUAUUGAAAACUCACAGUGUCAAGACUAUGAUGGAGGGUAUGUGUGUACGUGUAACAAAGGAUGGGCGCGACAAUGGUUUGAGCCCUAUGGAAGGUGCUCAGGGUGCGAUUCAAAUGAGAUUUGCUCUGGUCACGGACAGUGCUUGCGAGAUGGAUCAUGCGAUUGUUUUUCGUACUUUGGAGGAAAUAACUGCUCUUUCUGUGAUCCAAAUGUACGAUGUAGUAGUCACGGGACAUGUGACAUUAACGGAACUUGCUACUGUGAAAUUGGAUGGACGAGAAAGCCACUUGACUGCAGUGUUUGUGUACCAGAAGAGCUAUGCAGUGGUCAUGGACAAUGUAACUAUGAUUUGACAACAUAUUCCAAUACGACAUGCUACUGUAACGUUGGAUACACUGGACAAAACUGCAGCAAUGCUUGUCCCAUAAUUGGUGGUGAAGUCUGCAGUAUCCAUGGUGAUUGCCCUAAUAAUCCUCCAGACCCUUUAUCUCCUUGUAUCUGCCAUACGGGAUAUCAAUGGAAUAGCUCUGCAUCUUCCUGUGUUGACGUAAAUGAGUGUACCGCUGGCUUGCAUGACUGCGUUGCUCCCGCCAUUUGCGUGAACACUGAAGGAUCAUAUCGCUGUAAAUGUCCUUCUUUGAUUGGCUGGUCUUUGAUUUGUGGUCGGUUUUGUAAUGAUACUGAUGAAUGCCAGUAUACAGACGUGUGUGACAUCCAUGCUACUUGUCACAAUUAUCCAGGAGGAUACAGGUGCAACUGCAUUCCAGGAUGGAAGGGAAGCGGUGAACAUCCUGUAUGCACGGACAGCAAUGAAUGCACUGAGGGAUCUCAUAAAUGUUCUGCGGGCUCAACAUGCGUUAAUACAGUCGGAAGCUACAACUGCAUCUGCAACUCCGGCUACGAAAAAGUGUCCAAAUUCCGGUGCGUGGACAUAAAUGAGUGCUCCCGCGGGAUCCACGGCUGUGACCCGCAGGCAAGAUGUAUUAAUACAAUAGGAAGCUGGCGCUGCCAAUGUAAUGACGGCUGGUACCCAGUCCCUACGAACGCACGACUGCCAGUCUGUAAGGAUUUAAAUGAAUGUGUUGAUAAGCCAGGUACAUGUCCCCARUCGUCCAGGUGCGUUAACACUGUGGGCUCAUAUCACUGUAUAUGCCUUAGUGGUUGGACGAAUAAUGGACCACACACAUGCGUUGAUGUUAAUGAAUGCACAAGGAAUCCAUGCCCAUCCAACUCACGAUGUGUGAACACUAUGGGCUCGUACAAAUGCUACUGUAACUCGGGAUACGGCCCUCGUCCACCAGUCUCCGCCACCAGCUGCAGCGACAUUAACGAAUGUUCAUCUGGUACCUACUCCUGCCCAGCUUACUCGCGUUGCGUGAACCUUAUUGGUUCGUAUAGGUGUGACUGCAAUCGCUGUUACCAUAGAUACGGAUCAGGCUGUAGAGCUGACUGUAGAGCAGAGACAAGAACCUAUGGCUACUAUACCACGGUUUAUUAUGCCUCCUACUAUUCAACGAAGUGUGGAUGGCAUGGACUAAGCAGGUGUCGAAGAUCGAGGCAACGUGGCCGUCAACAGCACAACAUCGGAUAUCAGUUGGUCUACGUUGCUCAACGCGUUGGGGCGAGCUGUCCGUGUCGCUGAAUAAUAACUUUUUUUUCUGGCAGGCUACAUGCACUAAUGAAAAGCGUUUACGCAUGCACACAUUUCACCAUUUUCUCCCUAGAUACAAAGAGUUUGGGUGCUAUUGACGACUUUUAAAACCCCAGGGUGGAACGGGAGGAGGAGCUCUGGGUACUAAAAUGUUUUCAACUAAUUCGUGUACACAUACUAUGUGCAUGUGCAAACCCUUUUCUCUAGUGUCACGCUAUGUUCACUGUUUUGCUUUCUUGUUAUUGUGUAAUUUUAUUACGAAGGCUACUUGCCUAUAAAACUGAUUAUAUAUAAAAUAAUCUGCUCAAAAUCGAAAAAUCAUUGUCGGGUUCAAAAAAAGGUUAUAUCAUCAAAGCUAAGACCGAAGGGGAGCAUGGGAAGACAAACAACUAUGCUAAUUUAUGAUAUGCAGCUUUCCCUUCCUGUGCACAUUUAAUGCAUCAUGGCUUUGGCAUGUUGUUAAUCUAGGUCAACCGACUUUGCUCUACUGUGCAUUUUUACAUGUCUUUAUGCAAAUAUAAUACACAUUUCGGAGUACCCAAAAUCCUUUUCGGUCUUAGCUUCGAUGAUAUGACCUUCUCGAACCCGACUACGUUCUUUCAAUGAGGUGUAUUCAUAAAAAUAUAGAUUUGAAUCGAUUCUCCAAUCAAAUAACUAUAGCUUUUAUAAUCAACGGCAAAAUUCUAUAUCUUUUAGGCAAAUAAACUAGCAAUCAUUUUGUAGUAAUUCGGUACCGAAUUAAAGGAAAAAGCCUUCAUUCAUGCAUUAUCCAAUCAACAUCAGUUAGUUUUGCCCUGUAUAUAGCUUAAAUGAUUUCUUGUUUUAGCUCUUUUAAUGUUUGUGGGACCUCUUCGAUUUGUACACGCGACGUACAGGAUUUUUGGUUUUCAAUAAUCAAAGAUUUAAUAACUCAGACCCUUGUAUAUUUUUUUGAUGUAAGGAAGCCAAAACACAAGAAAAUAUGCUCUGUUUGGAGUUUUCUCGGUAGAUAUGCCGCUCUAUGAACAAUGACGUCAUUGUACUAUCACUAUCAAAUGGUUCUUGAAUGUUUAGAUUUCAUUAUCAAGUUAGUGUAUUUCAUCAUCUAUACCAUUGUCAUCGUCAAAAUCAUCACCUUCAUCAUCGUGAUUUAAUUUUGGAGUACAAUAGCACAAAAGGUGCUACUUACCUAAACACGCGUGCAAACGAUUAUGGCAGUAAUAAAAGCUUUACAGGUUGCAAGAUAUAUGGAUCGUCAAAUUUUUCCCCCUUAGUCGAACCUGCUCGAUUUUGAGGUUAGACUUUGGGGAGUUUUUUUGGGAGAAUUUUUGGGGAGUUGAUGCUUCAUUUAACAAAUAUCAAUAUACAUCUCGGCUCGGGCGUAAUGUAUUUACAUUUCAGACAAAGUGUCAUUCCCUAGAGUAUCAUUUCUUUGUGUAACGGUUGCGCAAAAGAAGUCACAUGAAUAUUGAUACAACUCAAACAAAUAAUCUUAUCCUCAAGGAAAACAUUACGCCCAAGCCUAGGAGGUCUAAAGACCUCCUCGGCUCUGACGUAAUGUUGUCCCAUUUCAGACCACAUGUCAUUCCCUAGAGUAUCAUUUCUUGUUUAARGUUUGCGCUCGGUUGCACACGAAAAGACACAUAAAUAUGGAUACAACUCAAACAAAGAAUAUUAAUCUCAAGGGAAUGACACGAAAUGAAACAUUACGCUCGAGAGUUACAUAGCUAAGGAGGUCUAUUGCUCAGUCCCUAGUUCAACAACGCCUAUUCAACCAAAAUCUCACAAAAAUAUUGACUUAAUAAAACACUAACGACACAGAUAAUUAUAUUGCUGCUCUUUAAUUAAGGGUUCAAAAUCUCAUUUACAAUGCAAUAAAAAAUACAUUGCAUUUUGAAGUAAAUUUAAUAGAUAAAAAAAAGUCCAGCAUUUGUAAUCUUGGAUUAAUCAGUUCUUUAUGGAAUGAGCUUUUAUAAUAAAGUAACACCUUUUUACACUUAACCACGCAUUCUUUUACCAUUAACAUCAAGUACAAUGUACAUAUUAGCCAUUGAGGUUGAGGAAGACUGGGUCUAGCUGUCAUUGCAGUGCAUUGUGGGGCUAUUUUAGGGCACGUAUUUCCGAGAUGGCGUCUAUUUCAUCCCCUAAAAUAGCCAUCAAGCUCCUCUAUAGCCCGUAUCACUUGGCAAAUACUGCUUUUGAUACUCUGACAUUAACUACAGACCUAUUUGCAAAUCCAUCAAAAUAUCAAAAUGUAGGGAAUCUAAUAUUUGGUCUACAUCAAUAGCAUCUUUGCAUUAACAUGACAAGUGAUGGCAGCCAUGAGAGAAUGCAAAAAAAAAAAAAAAAAAA